UGUCGUUUUUGGCAUUGAACAGGUUCUGGUUGUGCCGACCUACGACACGCACCGCAAUUUUUCUUCACAGGUGGAUGAAUACCCGACUGUGUAUAGGGAAGAGCAGACUGACCGACAAGAAGUGCCUGAGGAGGAGGAAACUGAGGAGCAGGACCGCUCUCAGGUCAAAGAAUUAGAGGAGGUGGAGAAUGAAAACGAUCCAGAAGCUGAGGCUGAGCUGGACACUGAUGUAAAAGAGGAGUCCGAUGAGGAGGAGGAUGAUGUUGAAGAAUCCGGCCGCCUGCGAUUUAAGACAGAGCGCAAAGAUGACACAGUGGUCAGACUCUCUGAUGCCACCAGUAAAAGAAGGAACAUCCCAGAUACAUUAGGAGCAGAUGGAGGGAGGGGAGGAAUGGCAGGUAGAGGUGGGAUCAGGGGAAGGGGAGGACCAGGAGGACGAGGAGUCAGUGGAAGAGGCGAUUUCCCUCUAUUUGGAAUGGGAGGUUUUCGUGGUGUUGGAGGUCGAGGGAGAAUAAAUGAGCAAAGGCCUCCGUUGAUGCAAGUGAACUUGGGAAUGCAGCAGCAACUCCGAAUGACUCCUCCGCUUCAGCAUCACCACCAUCAGUCUCGUCUGCCUGGUCCAAGGGGCAGUGGAGGUCCUGGGCUAUUCCCGGAUCCGGGCACGCCAAUUCCUCAGCAGCCGCUGCAGCUGUUGAUGCCACGUCUGGCCCACCAUUCUCCGGGGCCCAGAACACAACAUGACACACACGUACCACGCUCGUUGAACUCACCGCUGAGGCACUCACAUGCACAUCCCAACCAACACCAGCAGCAUCAACAGCAUCACCCCAAGAACAUUCACAUCAACCCUCACUUCAGAGGACCUUCCUCCUCAUCUGUGCAAGUUCCCUCAAUGCCUCCUGUGCAGAACCAACCGAGGCCUAACAUCGGUCCACAGAGACCCCCGGCUCCUCCUGAUUUCCAGCAACAUCUCCAAGGGAAUUUUGGCCCACCUCAACGGUCUCUGCCCCCCCAGGAUCAAUGGAGAGGACCACCACCACAUCAUCAGGAUCCAGAGCACUUCUUCCCUGGUGAGCCACGUUUUUCGGGCCAGCACAUGUUUGACCAGCCAGGCCCUGCCCCCCUCAUGAAUAACAGUGUUCUUCCGUUAUCAGGGCAAGGCCCUCCAUCUUUCCCCCCACAAGGGGGACACCGAAGUCCUGGAUUUGGUUCUCUGGGGCUUGGGCAGAACCAAGGGCCUCAGGGAGGAGGUAUUUUCCAGAGAGAGCCCCCUCGGCCGGGUUUGGCCCCGCAGCAUGGAGGCCCCCCUGGUCCCCGUGGCUUUGUGGGUCAUAGACAGCCCUUCUCGCCCCAACAGCAGGGACCCCCCUUUAGCCCCCAGCAUGUGCAGUUUGGUAUGCAGGUACGCCAGAGAGGUCUAAUGCAGCUGCCCCUGCACCAUGAUCUGCCACUAUCCCAUCAAUCCUUGCACCAGCAGCACCAGCAACACAGACAGGACUUGCCCCUCCAGGGUCUGCCUCACUCCCAGCCUCCACCCCAACACCAACAGCACCAUCAACACCACCCAAGGGACCAACAUCCCAUGGUGCACCUCUCUCAGCCCCACUUCCGCCAGUUGAAUCAAAGACAGAUGCAGUCCCGACCGCAGGGCAACCAGCAACGAAACAACCAUGCCAGACCCAAAAUGAUGCCUCCUUCUCCACUGCAGCAGAUUCCCCCUCAACGCAACAGCAACCUCCGUGAGCUGCCCAUCGCCACAAGCAACAAUAACCGCCCGCCAGUGCCUAGUGGGCAAGCAAGGCCUGUUACCAUGGCAACACAGAAUGUUAGACCAGGGCAGGCUGCCCGUGCUGGACCAGCAGGAAGGGGAGGAUCUGUGGCACAAGGGCUGGGACCUGCCAAAGCACCAGAGCAGCCCAGUGUGCCUGAGAUGAAGAAAGAGUGUCCAGCUGCACAGUCAAACACCACUCCAGAGGACCCAUAUGAAGAUGAGGAGACACGUCAGUACAGACUGAAGAUCGAAGAACAGAAGCGCCUGCGAGAAGAGAUCCUCAAGCGCAAAGAGCAGCGCAGACAGAUGCAGGCUGGUAUGCGCAAAAAAGAACUGAUGGAACGGAUAAGUGGCCAGAACCCAAACCAGACUCCACAAACUCAGAACCCCACACAGUACCCUGCAGCCCAACCCCCACAGCCGGUCCCUUCACUGAUCUCUAACGGUACCCCCCAGAACCCUUCGUCAGGUCUUAGUUCUCCUCAUCCAAAUGUGAAGGCCCGGCUGCAGAACACUAAUCCUCAGGCACAGACGUCAGGUUGGUCUGGGCCGCAGAAGCAACAGAACGCUGGUCCUGAAGCCAGCCAGCAGGGCCAAUGGCAACCACAGCAGAAGAGGACCAUGACCCCACAAAACACUCAAAGACAAGGUGCUGCUCAGACCAGCCCAUCAGAAGUGCCAGUGGGUCAGCCUCAGCCUGGGGGAAAGAGAACAGUGAUGCAAAGAGCGAGCAGCAUAGAAUCACCACAGGUUCCACAGAAAGUGCGAGUAGUUAAGCUUCUGGGAGAGCAGGCAGAUGCUGGUCCCAACACUGGUCCCCCACAGCAGCAGCAACAACCAAUUGGUCGGCCUGUCCCCCAACAGAGACUUGGUCCCAUCAGGAAAGUUACCAUGGCAACUGGUGGUGUACAAAAUCAACAACAGGCUGGCCGUGGCGUGGCAAACCAAAUGAACCGGGUGGUAGUUCGGGGUCGAGCACGUGGCCGUGGUGUGGGGCGUGUGAUGCAGCAGAACCCAAGAGCUCAGGAUUGUCAGAGAAGCACCGUCUGCAUUGAAGGUUUAUCCACCACCACAACCAACAAACAGCUCAUGAACCUUCUCAACUCCAUUGGCCCUGUUGAGAUGUUUACAAUGUUGCCGGAGCAGCGGAAGGCCAUUGCCAAGUUUGUGAACCCACAGCAUGCAGUGAGUUUUCAGCACAGCUUUCACAGGCACAUGAUAGAUUUGUCUCACAUCGAUGUUUCCGUUAUUGAUGGCUGAGGAACAAGUCAGUUCAACAGACCAGACGAUGAGAAGUGAGCAAGAAGAGAACGUCUUUUUCUGAAAGACAGAUGCACAAUCAGGAGGCUAAAGCUUUGGAAUCGGUGUGGAGAGUGCUGUCGACAAACUCAAGCCACAUGCAUGAAGGAAUCAUAAACAUGCUGGAAAUGGCACAGCAUUGAACUCAUGUCGUGAAUGACUUUGGCAUGAAGUCUCGCUCUUGUUUCUGUACUUUCAUUUAUAUGGAGUAAUCAGUAAUGGUCUAAACCAGCAGGUGAAAAAAGAGACAGAGGUAUGAAACAAGACAUUUUUAUGCCAGUUGAUAAUAGUUGCUCCCAUCCUCUAGCUCUCAACGUAAUUAGAAAAAAAUCUUUUGAAUGGCUGGUUUUGGUCAAAUAGGAUUUCCAGAAUUUUUAAAUUUUUUUUGUGGAAUUUCCACAGUCAUUGAUUUGAACAAAGUGUUAAGUGGGUGGUUUGGCCUGAUUGAAUAGUAAUGUGUAUGCUGCAGUUGUUUUUGUCACCUGUAGAGGGCAGCAGAUGCCUUCGGCAUAAAGCUCUGUAUGUUGGGGUAUAACUAAGGGCAUGUGGACAUCAGAGUGUGAAGCACUGCUUGGUAGAGAUGUUGAAGUGCUGGUAUGGGUUUGGGUUAAGCUUUUUUUCUAGUUAUGUAUUUUUUGGAAGCCACUGUGAUAUUGUAGGGGUCUCUUUUUUUUUCUCUAUGACUAUUCAUGAUCUUAAGUU